ACUGAACAAAUAAAUAACUCAUCUAAGGUAUGAGCCCCUUGAAUCAAAAGUUGUAGAUUAGCCCAUCCCAAUGGCCGACCCAGGUGAUCAGCUGCCAGGUAAGAAGAAGGAAGAAUCUUCAUCUUCUGAAGAUACCGAGGAGAGAAAAAUAAACAAUGGAACAGAGGAGGAUCUUGUUAUACCAUCACCAGACGACACAAACAGAAGUGUAAACAGUAAAAUGACCACAGAAACAAACAAUGACAAACAACAAGACAUUAUUCCUGCUUCAACGUCAAGUCUGUUUUCAACAUUAGAAGAAAGCGGGGGAAGUGCAGUACCAAGCGAAGCUGAAGACACCAAAAAGAUUGAAAGCAUUUUACCACAACAACAUGUACAGGCAAAAACAUCUACAACAGAUAUUUCUGGAACUGACGACUCAGACAUUGACGCAGAAAAUAACCAACAGUUGUCUAGGACAAAAGAAGAUGGCUCCAAUGACAAAACUACAGAAGAUGGCAGACAAGUCCGGGAAAGACCAUCCCACCUGGACGUUGAGCCUAUUGUAAAGAAGAUAUCGGAUGCGGCACACUUUUCGUAUAUCUCUCUAUGUGCCAUUUCCAUGGCCCAGUUGUUUGAAACUCAGUAUGACAGGCAGUGGAAGAAGAACUUUCUACUUUCCCUCCGGGAAUACCUGGAACUUCCCGAGUCGGUCGAAGCCUCCAUGGAGGCAUUCCAGCAUGGCAUGGGCAGCGAAUGUCUCCCCUCCCUGGUAGACACCUUAGUGAAAGAACCUUUCCUGGAAACAAGUGCCUUUCCCUUGGUGCAGGACCUACUAACAUUUGGCUUAAGAGAAGGUGACUACGACGCCCGCACCAGGUGUCUGCUGAAACAGGUGGCUCUCUACCUGCGUGUGCCGUGGGAGGAUGUGGAAACGUACGAGGAAUCGCUCGUCAAAAGCCUGAAGGAGCACCAGUUUGAACUGAGCGAGGAAGAGAGGAAGGAGAAAGAGAAACAAAAGAAGAGUAAACAGAGAAAGAGAUUUGUCGCAAUUGGGCUGGCUACAGUGGUUGGAGGCACACUCAUAGGCCUAACAGGAGGCCUGGCAGCCCCCCUAGUGGCAGCAGGUGCAGGAGCCAUCAUUGGCGGCACCAGUGCUGCAGUUCUGGGCUCCACCGCCGGGCUAGCUGUCAUCACAUCCUUAUUUGGAGCUGCAGGGGCUGGCCUCACAGGGUACAAGAUGAAGAAGAGAGUUGGGGCAGUAGAACAGUUUGAAUUUGAACCACUGACUGAAGGGAACCAACUCCACAUCACCAUCGCUGUCUCUGGUUGGCUGCGGUCAGACAAGCCAGACAAUUUCUCUGCUCCUUGGGAGACCCUACUGCAGUCUAAGGAGCAGUACUGUCUGAGGUGGGAGGCCAAGUAUCUGCUGAGUCUCGGGCGAGCAUUCGAGUACAUCGUCAGCAGUCUGGUGACAACUGCUGCACAGGAGGCCUUGAAGUACACUGUUCUGGCCGGUCUUCUGGCAGCGCUAACAUGGCCCGUGUCGCUCAUGUCCGCUGCCUACGUUAUCGACAACCCCUGGAGCGUCUGUCUGCAGAGGUCAGAGGAGGUCGGCAAACAGCUGGCAGAAGUUCUGCUAACCCAUCAACAGGGGAAGAGACCUGUCACCCUGGUUGGUUUCAGUCUUGGUGCAAGAGUCAUCUUCUACUGUCUGAAGGAGAUGGCCAAAAGGAAAGAUUGUGAAGGUAUCAUAGAGGAUGUGGUUCUACUGGGUGCACCUAUCAAUGGAAAGCCUGAGAACUGGAUGCCCAUGGACAGACUGGUCUCUGGUAGGAUCAUCAAUGGUUACUGUAGAGGAGACUGGUUGUUGCAGUUCCUGUACAGAACAUCAUCCGUCCAGCUGAGUGUGGCCGGUCUGAGGCCUGUGAAAUGGGACAACAGACGCAUGCUCAAUGUGGACCUCAGCUCUGUGGUGAAUGGCCACAUGGACUACAUGAACCAAAUGGACACCAUCCUGAAGGCUGUCGGAGUGAAGACCAAAGAAUGUCGAGUUGCGGACAAGUGGGAUUUGGCUACCGUUGCCUUGGACAGCAGCAAGAGGCACGGCGUCACCGGCCUGCGCAGGAGCGCCACCGCACCAGAGCUGGCGGAACUGCAGGAGAAGCCACAGCAAGGGGUGACGAAAUCACAAACAGAAUUCUUAAUCGUGGAAAGAGCAGAGCUUGCUGCAAGCGAAACCAACAACUCAAGUGGGUUAGACAAAAAGAAUGAUGUUGGCCAGGUAGAAGAGGGAAGGACGUCAGAAGGAGAAAUUGAAAGUGCCUUAGAAGCAACAGAAUUAGAAGUAAAAGACGUAGAUGUAGACGAGGUAACAAAAUCUCAGGAAGCAACUAUUAGGGAUGUAGAAGGGGUUUGUCUUCCAGUGCAAAGUCAGUCAGAUGAUGUGGAAAGUGUGUUAGAAGCCAAAGAGGAGAGUGCAACAUCACAGAAAACACAAGAGGAAAAUGAAUAAAUGUCAAAACGGUUACACUUACAGAUUGCAGUAAUGUUAUAAGCCAUGCUUCAUUUCUAAGGGACCAAAUGCUUGAAAAAAAGAGCAAAAAAGUUGGAGGUAGCCAAUCUUUGACAUUGUUGAUAUUUUCACGGAAAAUUGCAGGAUCAAUGUAAGACCAUAUGCAAAGCCACAGACACAAUGCUUGAACUUUUUAAUAGUCUUGUGACAUAUUUUGCAACAAAUGCAAGGUUGAAAAGAGUACAUAUUAAUAGGUUAGAAAAUCUUAAAUACAUGUAGCUAAUAACUAGCUAGUGGUACAAAAUCAGUCAAGACAAGGAGAAGUAAGGCAAUUUGUAUCAAAUUUGAGUACUAGUAUAAGCAAAUAAGAACAGUCUUAGUAGUCUGUAGUACAGUACAGCAUUUGUGGAGAUGGUAAGAAUACAGUUUUUUGUAACACACAACAUGACUGGAAGCAAAAGCAAAUAUCCUGUCAUGUUCACACUACUAAAUACAUGAGAAAACUAAUAUAUGAAGACAAUCAGUGUUGACGAAGCCAAAAAGAUUUUUUUAAUUUUAAUUUUUUAUGACACUGGCAACCCCAUCCUCGUCUUUAAGAGUCCGUUUCUAAUUCUGGUGCAAUCCCAACUCUUGUAAAAGCAUAAUCUGGCUGGAAUGUAUAUUGUGGAGCAAAAAUGAGGUAAGCCGGUAAUUCUACCUUUAAAGUCUAAUUAGGGACAUCAUUCCUAUAUGAAGUGUGUACUAAAAAGUAUCACAGUGACUCUUACAAUGAUCCCAGACCCUCUGUUACCCCCAACUCUAACAUGUUCCAGCCAGACUGUGCUUUGGUGAAAGCAUAUUUCACAAGUUCCGAAAGGGGUGUUUUGGAAUUCAAAUGCUGAACGUACAUGACUUGUACACCAGGAGAACACUAUAGGUUUCAUGGUUUUUCAUGUUAGCAUGAUGAUGAUAGUACAACCAUCUCAUGGUGCUUUUAAAUAAUUUAAGGUAGCA